AUGGAGGCGUCAGAGCGACGCCCCCUCGUGGCGUCAGAGCGACGCCCCCUCGUGGCUCGCGCAGUCAGGUCCAGCGACCACACGAGCGCAGAUUCAUCGUCGCACCGCUCUUCGCAGCGCUCUUCGCACAGCCAUCGCAGUCACGACCUCCAUCCGUUGACGAGCAUCGUCGUAUUCUGCGGCUAUGGCGUCGCACUCCUCCUCGCAUUCAACGUCAUGCGAUUGGGGCCUGCGUUGCCCUCGUCGCAUCCCGUCGCAGCGUGCGACGCCUCGCGUGGUGACACGUGCGACUGGGCGACCCACGCGACCCACCAGCUGCUGCACCGCCCGUGGAGCCCUCCCGUGGCGGCGCUGGCCGUGCUGGGGUUCGCGCUGCUCUUGCUCCGCGCGCUUUCUGGGCAGGCGGCGCGAGUGCGCGCUCUGGAGAUGCGUUUGCGAGGGGCGAAGGGGGAACAGGCGGUUGAACAGGAGCGGGUGAGCAAGGGGGAAGAGGAGGAGAAUAUGGUGGAGAAGAAAGGGUGGAUAGGAAAAGAGAUUGACGGAGGGGAGGAGGAGAGUGCGAGAGCGAGAGGUGCGGAUGCAGGCACGGCGGUUGGCGCAUUGGUCUCACGCGAUGGGGACAUGGCUACGCGAGCUGCUGUCGACCUGCUGGUCCACGGGAUAGCCGCGCCCAUGAGAGGCGCGCUGGGCAUGCUGCGCCUGCUGGCGGCGACCGUGCGCGACCCCAUGUACCUCGACCUCAUCCACUCGCUCCACGCCUUCGCCGCGCACCUCACCCGCCUCGCCGCCGCCGCCAGCGCCACGUGGCGCGCGCAGGCCGGCCCGCUGCCCGUGGUGACGUCAGCGGUGGACGUGCGGGGGGUGGCGGACGAGGUGGUGGCGGCGGUGGGCGGGGAGGCGCGCGAGAAGGGGUUGGAGCUGGCGUGCCUCGUCAUGGACGACGUGCCCCCGCUGCUGCUCUCCGACUCCCUCCUCCUCAAACAGCUGCUGCUGUGCGUGGCGGCGGCAGCAGUGCAGCGCACGGAGCAGGGCCACGUGCUGCUCUGCGUGCGCCUGCUGCACCCCCAAGAGGCCCUCCACCGCCAGCAGCAGCAGCAGAAGAGGGGCGCGCAUGAGAAGCACCAAGUGGUGGCAGCGAUUGAGAAUGCGGGCGUGCAACCGAGGCACGGCGAGGACAACAGCCUGCUCCUGCCGCCCUCACGCAUGCCCCUCCCACCGCCCACCCACCACCACCCUCUCUCCCCGCCCCCCACCACAGCAUCCGCUUCUGCCUCCGCGGCCCCUUUCCCCUCCGUGUUCUCCGCGCCCUCCUCCCCUUCCUCCCUCUUCUCCAGCCCGGACCUCCUCGGGCUGGGCGGCAUCGCUCGUCGUCUAGCAGCCUAUGCUGCUCCGUGGAGCGAGCAGGGGGGGCAGGAACAGGCUGACAGCGGGGCGGGUGUGUUUGCAUCGCUCUCCGCUGAUGCGUGGCUGCAGCAGGGGGGAAUGGCGCACAGCGAUGCCUAUGAGCACCGCCAGCAGCAGCGGCAGACGCAUCAACAGCAGAAUCGCCAGCAAAGGCAGGAGCAGCAGCGCUUCCAGCAGCAGCAACAGCAGAAUGAGCAGGAACAGGUGCAGAGGGACGGGGGAAAGGACAGUUUGAGUGGGAGGCGGGUGGUGGACGGGCGGUGCAGCUGGGGCGCGCUGAGGCGGCUGCUGGACGACCAGGAGAGCCGAUUCGCUGCUGCCGUCGCACACGCUGUUGCUACUGGCAGUGCCGGUGCUGCUGCUGGCGGUGGCGGUGGCGGUGCGGUGGCGGUGGCGGUGGCGGUGGCAGCAGCAGUGGGAUGGGGCAGCCUGGCGACCUCUCUGGGCGGCUCCCUCUCACUCACCACAGCACCCGCCAUCGGCACCACCAUCGCUCUCUCCAUCCCCAUGGCCCUUCCCCCUCUCGCCCCCACUCCCUCCUCCUCCCCCGCCCUCCUCCCCUCCGCGCCAUCACCUCCCCCUCCCCAUGCGCCUCUUCCCCCUGCCUUCCGCCCCGCCUCUGCGCCCUCCUUCCCCCGUGCGGGGGGGAGCAGCGGCAGCGAGGGGGGGUUGGCGGCGCUGGUGGGGUUGUGGGAGAGCGUGGGGGCGGACGGCGGGCUGUGGGAGGCCAUGGGACUGGGGGGAGGCGCGGGGCAGGGCGGGGGGGCAAGGGAUUCCGGUGCUGCUGCAGCAGGGGAAGGUGCAGAGGAAGGGGGCGCAAGGGGGGGCGCACGUGAGGGGAAUGGGGGGGGAGCUGGUGGUGAGGGCGGGGGCAGGGGGGCGUGGAUGGGGGAGGUGGGGGUGAGGGAGGUGGGGGCGGCGGAGAGGAGGGCGGUGAGGGAGAUGGGGGCGGUGGGGGGGGUGGGGGGCGAGCAGUGGGAGGUGGUGGCGCCGCUGGUGGAGCAGGUGCAGGGCGGGCGGUGCCUUGUGGUGGACAGCAACCCCAUCCGCCAACAGGCAAGCCCGCCCGCCUUGCUGCUCCCAUACCCCCCUCUGCUGCCUGCUGCGUGGUCAUCACUGCUGUCGCGACUGGGCAUGGACGUGGAUCUCUCAGACAGUGUGGCGGACGCCGUUGCUGCCCUGCAGUGCGCCCCACCCGCCCUGCACCCCGGGGACAUGGACUGUGGGCAGGCAGCAGGGGCAGCAGCAGCGGCGGCAGGGGCAGGGGCAGAGACGGUGGGCAGAGGAGGGUUCACGUCAUUGGCAGAUGAUGGCGUGGGUGGGGAGGACGAGGGGGAUAGUGGGGCGAAAGAGGGGUGUGGUGGGGGGCAGGACAUGGGGGCAGGGCAGGCAGAGCAGAGGGCAUGGGGUGAGUGCAGAGAGGGCGAGCGUGGGGAGGGGGUGGUGGAAGGGCGUGUGGGGAGGAAGGAGCCGGGUGAGGGGGAGCAGUCACAGGCGCACGCACAGGCACAACAGCAACAGCAGCAGCAGCAGCAGCAGCAGCAGCAGCAGCAGCAGCAGCAGCAGCAGCAGCAGCGGGCAGAGGCAGAGGCAGAGGGAGAGCAGCAGUGGGAGGAGAGUGCAGAGUCGCUAGUGUUGCCUGGCAUCUCAUCCAAGCUCGUGCUCGUGGCUCAGGCAACGAGUGAGGACAUGGCAUUGGCAGCAGCAUCGCAUGGCUUCUCCUGCAUCGCCCUCAAGCCCCUUCAAACACCAGUGCUCGCUACAGCCAUGCUGCAGGCCCUGGGUGUGAGUGCGAGGGAGGUGCAGCAGGCAGCAGCGCAGCAGCAGCAGUUGCACCUCAGACGACUUCUGCGAGGCAAAGUGGUGCUGGUGGUUGACCCGUGCUUCACCACGCGCAAGGCAGCAGCAGUGGCCAUCUCCCAGUUCGCCGAUGCAGCCUGUGCCGUGGCCUCACCAGCAGAGGCCCUCGCACGCCUCUCCCCGCCCCACCACUUCCACCUCGUGCUGCUCUCCCUCUCCCUCCCCGACCUCCCCCCAGCACUAUUUGUGCAGCGCUUGCGGGAAAUGGAGGCUGCAGCACCUGGGGAUGCUGCGGGGGGAAGCGGAGAAGGCAGGGGAGUUUUGAGAGAGGCUGCGGAAAUGCCUAGAAGCGCCAGUGGCGGCAGUGCUGCAGCUGGUGUUCCUGUAGAGGACGCAUGCGGCAGCAAUGCCUGCAGCCAUUCCUCUCCCUUCCGUUCCCCGCACGUUUCCGCCGCGUCGUCGUUCUCCUCCUCCUUUUCCGGUAGGAAGCUCGUCGCGCCAUGCAUACCACGGCCGGCGGUAGCCCGCGAUCAGCGGCGGUUGGCAGUAGUCUCGGCAAUUGGGAGCGCGGAGAGCGGAGGCGCGGAUGCGUUGGGGAUGGCGGGCGAGGCGUACGGACAGAUGGCCGAGGCGCUGCUUAACGGAUUGCCGCCCGAAGUGGAGCAGGCGGUGGUGGCGGUGCAUCGCGAGAUCGCGCAACUCGCGGCGGACGCCGGCCUCUCCAUUCCGCUCGACGACCCGGCGUCGUUGCGCCAGUGGACGGUGGCGCUGGUGCUGCUCGUGCUGUACGCCGCCGCGCCCCCCGCGCCGCUCAUGGGGCUGCUCGACUUCCUCGUCGCGCCCCAGCACGCGCGCACCGACAAGGAGCUGGAUCCGGCGCGGGUGAAGGUGGGGCGACAGAUAGGCGAGGGCAGCUUUGGCGUGGUGUACGAGGGUUUCAUUUCCAACGGCAAGGCGGGCAAGGAGGGGCGGUGGGAGCGGAGGGUGGUGUUGAAGCGAGUGAAGACGCGAGUGAAGCACUCUGAUGAGAUGAGAGACGUCGAACUCUACAUGAACCACCGCCUGCAGCGCACGGCGCCGGGCGUGUGUGCGCGGUUCAUAGGCACCAUGCAGGUGGCGCCGGAGCAGGCCAGCGGCAAGCUCGAGGAGGGCGUGUGGCUGGUGUGGGAGUACCAGGGCGAUCGCACGCUGGACCAGUUCCUGCGCCACCGCUCCUACCCGCUCAACCUCGCCAAACACGUGCUCGGGGUGGACGACGCCUUGUUGCGGGGCAGCAAGGGCAGCGGCUCGGAGGAGAGGGAGCAGCAGGUGUGGAUGGAGUGGGAGGUGGCGCAGGAGGUCAUGAGGCAGAUUCUCUCCGACCUCAAGCACCUGCACUCCUGUGGAGUGGUGCACAGGGACGUGAAGCCGUCGAACCUGAUACUGGACGAGCUCGCGGGCAGUCUGUGCCUCAUCGACCUGGGCGCCUGUGUCGACCUGCGCUCCGGCCACAACUACGUACCCAACGAGACGGUGAUGGAUCCCAAGUACUGUGCACCGGAGCGCUUCGUCAUGCCGCCCGGCACCACGCCACCCCUGCCGCCCGACCCGCUGGCAUCGCUGCUGUCGCCCUUCCUCUGGGCGCUCAAUACACCCGACCGCUUUGAUGUCUACUCCGCUGGCAUAGUGCUGAUGCAGCUGUGCAUGAAGCGACUGCGCAAUGCGUCUGCUCUGAAGGAUUUCAACGAGGAGUUGAGGCGGUGCGACCACGAUCUGGGCAAGUGGAGGGCGACGUUCAACCCCAGCGAUGACGACAUGGCCGUGCUUGACGCCAAUGGGGGAGCGGCAUGGCAGUUGGCGCAGCAGCUGUCGAGGAAGCGACCCAACCACGAGGAGGCCGUGUGGCCAAGUGCCAUGGGCGGGCGGCCCUCCGCAGCCCAGGCGCUGCGCCACGCGUUCUUCUCCAUGCGCGCGCCAGAGCCCUUCCGCGCGUCACGCCUGGCAGCCGCCACACAGGCAGCGCUGUCAGGCACGGCGUAUGCCACGCUGGGGCGCGGCGGGGGCGCCAUGGCGCAGGCCAAGGCGCGCGCUGCCCAGGAGAAGGCGCGGGUGGCGGGGCGGGUGGAGGGGCGCAAGGGCAGGGCGGGGGAGGAGAAGGGGGAGAAGGCCAAGGCGCGGAAGGAGGCUGGGGAGAAGGGGGGGGGUGCUGGGGGAAGGGGAGGGGAGGGGAUGGGCGUUGAAGGGCUUGUGAUGGCGUGGGGGGGGAGGGGUAAGGGGGAGAGAGAGGAUUCAGGGAGUGAAGGGAAGAGGGCCGGUGGGAAGAAGCAAGGGGGGAAGGGCGCGGAGGGAUCAGGGGAGGGGAGGGUGGAGGAGGGGGUGGUGUUUGCGCUGCAGCAGAUGUGGGCGGCUAGCAAUGGGGGAGGGGGGAGUGGCAGUGAGAGCAGGGAGAAGGGACGAGAGGAGGGUGUGGGGUCGGAUGGCAGUGGGAAGGGCGAGAGACGGGCGAGGAAGGCAGGGAAGGGGGAGGAGGGGGCGAAGGGGGAAAGGCAAGGGGCGGCAGCAGGCAAGGGGGAGGCGCAGGGGCAGGCGGGCGCACUGGGGGCAUUGGGCGCGCUGGGCGCAGGGGGGGGAGGGCAGGGGGCGGAGGUGGUGCUGGAGGCGCUGAGGCGGGUGCUGGGGGAGGGGGUGGGGGCGGAGGGGGGGAAGGGGGAGCAGGGCGCAGUGGAGGGGCCGGCAGUGCGGUGGGGGGAGGGGGGCGUGCAGGGCAUGGUGAGCGAGGGGCGGCGGGUAGUGAGGGAGGCGUUUACUGGCGCUGUGGUGGCGCAUGCGGAGGCGUACAGUGGGGGGUCGGAGGGCAGGGCGGGGGACAAGGGCUCUGGGUCGGGCAAGGACAAAGGGUCUGACAAGGAGGGCGGGUCGGGCAGGGAGAAGGGAUCAGGCAAGGAUGGGAGUGGGGCGAGCAGGGAGAAGGCAGCAUCGGGUAAGAGCAAAGGGGGAUCAGGGAAGGGGGAUGGAGGCGAUGGGGGUGGGAGCAAGGGCAGUGGCAGGGGGGAGGCGAAGGAGGCAGGUGGGAAGGCGAGGAGGAAGAAGGAGGAGGGCAAGGGGGCGCGCAAGAGAGAACUUGUGGCAGCAGCAAUGGGCAGCAGCGGCAGUGGCAGCAGUGGCAGCGCAGUGGAGCUACCAUUCGACCUGCAGCGCUCCAAGGUGGCGGCGGCCUAUGUGCUGGGGUCCGCUGCUGCCUCCCUCGCCCGCCUCUUCGUCCCCCUCCAACCCUCCCCCGCCGCCACCGCUGCCAGCGCCCGCCCUGCACCAGCGCCUGCUGCUGCAGCCCCAGCAGCAUCAGUGCCAGUAGCAGUGCCAGCAGCGCUAGCAGCAGCGGCAGCGUCUAGUAAGAGAGCAGCAGCGGCAGCAUCAGCAUCAGCAUCAGCAGCAGCAUCAGUUGCAGCUUCAAAUAAGAGAGCAGCAGCUGCGGCAUCAGAUGCAGCAGUGCCGGCAGCUGCUGCAGCAGUGGCAGAUGGAGGUGCGGCGCAGCAGCAGGGGGGACAGGUGGGAGGGCAGGCAGGCGAGCGGACGAGUGCAGGCGAUGCACGACAGGUGAAGGGGAUGGGGGAAGGCGAGGCAGGUGGGGCAGGGGGGGGAGGGGCACUAGCACAGGCGCUGCUGCAGUGGGUGAGGGGAAGGGCAGGCGGGGGAAGUGAUGCAGGCGAGGGGAACAAGGGAGCAGCAGCACAGGGCGAUGGGGGGCGGGGAAGUGUCAAAUCCAAGGGUGGUCGAGGAGGGGAGGGUGGUGAGAGGAGAGCGGGGAAGCGAGGGAAUGGGGGGGAGAGUGGGGGUGGUGGGAUCUCGGGAGUGCGAGUGAGGUGGGGCCUGCUGGGGCUGGCAGCCAAGGGCGUGGAGAGAGGCAUGGAGCGGGCCAGAGGGGCAGGCAGGGGGGGCGUGGGAGGCGUGGGGGUGAAUGGCAGGAUGGGCGGGGUGAGACUUAAGCCCAGUGCCACUGCUGACGUGGCAGACCCCGUGACGGACAACGGCAUCAUCACUGACAUCACUCUGGAUCCCCAGGCCAUUGCUGACGUCAGCCUGCUGCUGGCGCUGUGCAGUCAGGGCGACGAGGAGGAGAGAGAGAGUGGGGGGGAGAGUGGAAGCGAGGGGGGGAGUGAGAGGAGCUCUGCAGGAGUAGGGAAGCAAAUGCCUUACAAUAGCAGCAGCAGCAGCAGCAGCAGCAGCAGCAGCGGUGCGGUUGAAGCAGAGCAAACUGCGUCUGCCACAUUAGGCGCCUCUUCAGCACAAGAGGACCUCUCCGUCCCUGCAGUCUUGGACGUAUCUGCAUCUGCACGCGCCCUGCCCCCCACCUCGUCCCCUCUGGACGCCGAUGCGCACCCGCUGGCGGCAGCGCUGCUGGCAGAGGGCGGUGUGGGCGGUGGCGAGGGGGCGGUGGGUGUGCAGCAGGCAGAGGUGCGGGUGGGGGAAGAUGGGAGUGUGCGAGUGAGUGCGAGCGUGGGGGGCGUGGAGAGCACUGUGCUGCUGCAAGCCGACAGCACUGGGGCGCUCGUCAUGGCCGUGGGGGGAGGAGCCACUGCUGGCCAGGCACCCGAAAGAGCACCAGCAGCAGCGGCAGCAGCAGAGGGCGCAAAGGCGAGUGCAGUGGCAGCGGGUGGCGUGGGAGAGUCCUCUCUGUCUGCUGCCUCGCCACAGCCCCUCCCCGCCUCUGCCACUGUGGGGGAGACUGUCUCGGGGCAGGCUGUGCUGCCGCUGUGGGGGUGGCUGGGAGGACGAGAGCCAGCCAGAGAGGCACUGGCAGAGGCAGCGGCUCAGCUCGCUGCAAUCAGAAGCAAGCUGCCCUCCGCCUCCGCACCUGCAACCCCCACCUCUCCACCAGAACUAUCUCCCUCCACCUCUCUGCCCGCUGCUUCCCCGCCUGCACCCUCGGAUUUGGCACCUACACUGGCGCCCACAGAGAAUGCAGCCUUGGUUGCUGGCGGUUGUGCGGAGGAGGAGGCAAGUGGGGAGGAAGAGAUGCAGAAGCAACUGUUGUCUGCUGAUGAUGUGCCGGCUGUGCCUGCUGUGGCUGAGCCAUCAGUCACGGAAGAGAAACGUGAGGAGGCAAGUCAAGGGUUGGGAGUGGAAGGGGCGCAGAGAGAAACAGCAGAGGGAACGUUGGUGGUGAGACCGGGUGCAGGAGAGAAAGCUGGGUUUGAGAGCACAACUGUUUUCAGUGUGGAUGCCAGAGUGGGGGAGAAGCUGGGGCAACAAGGGAGUAGCAAUAAUAACAGCAGCAGCAGCAGCAGCAGCAGCAGCAGCAGCAGCAGCAGCAGCAGCAGCGGUGGUGUGCUGCAUGGGCUGCAGGAGCAGCUUUCAGUGGGCCUGUCUCCCUUCGCCAGCGCCAUUCGCGCCCUCACCGGGGUGUCACUGUGGGGCGGGGGGCAGAGGGUGCAGGCUGGCAUGACAGAGGCGCAGGUGAGGGAGCAGCUGGAGGAGCUGAGGCGGAAGAGGGAGGCGCGCCGGGCGGGGGCAGAGGGGCUGAACGCUGCUCUGGCGGGGCUCAACAGCCAGAUGGUGGACCUGCAGGCCACACUGCAGGAGAACAAGCAAGCCGUCACGGAGCAGAAGAAGAUUCUUACUCGGGAUUGCGAUAUUCUCUCGCCCAUAAUUGACAGCAUAUCGUGCAUCCACGAGAACAAGGAAAACCUGGAGCUCGGCAGUUUCGAGGAGCGGCUGGUGGACGCCUUUUGCCGCGGAACCCUCGACGCCGAGGUGCCGCGAGCCAUCGACGACAUCAUCGCCCUUGCACAGCGCCUCAGCCUCUCGCACGGCGACACCCACGCUCGCGAAACGAGCCACGCGAGCGACGCUGAUUCGCCAGUCUCUGUCGUCCGGCGAUCGCCCCUGAACGACAUCUCGUCGCUCCACAGUGACGACGACGAUCAGGUAAGCCUUGGAAACCGCUCUUUGCUCUCAGUCUCCUUGCCGUGUCAGACGCCGUUCUGA